AGUUAAUUUGUAACAACUAUUUUGACGUUAAAACAUAUAUGAAAUCACUUUUGAAUACUAUUUUAUUUAAUACUCAUUUGGAAAAAGUUUUUUUGCAUUCAAAUUAAAGACAAUUGAUUAAAAUGUUUGGUAAGAAGAAGAAGAAGCCCAUCAUCUCUUCGCCCACCAAUUUUGAACACAGA